UAUAUAUAUUACAUACACACUUUUUGAUAUAAAUAAUAAUUACAUACAAUGUGUAAUUGGCUGGUAAAUUUUUCGAGGUUGCUUAAUACAUUAAGCUCUGAUAAUUCAGAACAAAAAUAGUAAGUAGCUAAUAAACGUGAAAUAAUCCAAACUUUACAAAAAAUACUUAUUACCCAAAGUUAACAAUAACGAUGCUGGAAGAAAAUGUUUGGACUAGAUAUUAUUACAAUUUAGAACAUAUGAAUUUAGUUCAAAUAAAAAAAUAGUUUAGUACCUAAACUAUGACUAUUUGUUUUUGACGUGAGAAGCAUUAUUUUAUUUAAAUAAUUUUUAUUUUAUUUCAAUAAUAAUUUGUCUUAGUUUAGUAUUAUGUCACUACCUGUGAGUUCCUAUAAUUGGCUUCCUGUAUCUACUAUAUUUUCUAUGUUAAUGUCACAGCUGUUUGAUUGGAUCUCCAAAUAAAUAAAAAUAAAUAAAUAAAAUUAAUUUGCACGUUUUCAGUUUUCUUCGCAUAAUCUGCGAAUACUGAAAUCGUUAUGUACCAUGCUAUUAAAGUUAAUGAACUUUCGGAUUAAUUACGCUUUUAAUUUAAUUACCUUUAUUCUCCGUCUGAAUUGCUACAUGUAAAAUGAAAAGGUAAUGAAACGACAUAAAGCACGCGUUUCUCGUCUCUACCAAUUCGUGCAUUUGUUUACUCGUAUGUUAAUACGAUUAUCGUUUUGUAUAAUAUAUACUAGUAUGGAGAGCAGAAAUAUGUAUUAUAACUUUGAAAGUAAAAUAGUUGGAGGCCAUUCAGUUCCAAUAGAGAACUUUCCGUUCGCCGUGCAGGUGUUUAACUAUGGGGCCCUGUGUGGCGGCACUGUCCUGUCCAGUUGGGCCAUCUUGACCGCUGCGCACUGCUUCAACAACAAUAAAAACGUAAAGGAUAUGCAUGUGCGUUUUGGUGCUAGGUACAUAUAUGACAUGAGUGCAGAUUCGUAUAAAAUAUGGUAUAUAGUCGAGCAUGAAGAUUACAAUAAGGAAGCUCCUUUUGCUUGUGAUAUCGCCUUGAUAUUCACCAGACGGCCGAUCAGAUUCAAUAAGAAAACACAAAGAGCUAUGAUCGUGCAAUCAAACAAGUGGAUGAAUGAAAGGGAAAGGAAUUUUAAAGCAACAGGUUGGGGCUUCACGUCGUAUGGUGGUUCGAUAUCUAAUUCGGGGUUGAUGGAGACCCAACUACGCUUUGUGUCAUUAAAUAAGUGUAGACGGAAGCACCACGGCUCUCGGUUGACGGAGGACAUGUUCUGCUUGUACGGGGACGGGAUACGGGACACCUGUCAGGGCGACUCUGGUGGAGCCAUUUUAUGGAAUAGGCAGGUGGUGGGGCUGGUUUCGCAUGGCGACGGUUGCGCCCAAAAGGACAAGCCAGGCAUAUACACGAAUGUGUAUUACUUCUUGCCCUGGAUGAAUAAAAAAAUUAAGGAAGCUCACAGAAAGUACUGUAUAUCUAAAAUUAGUAGGUAAUAAAACAUAGGUAAAAAAUACACUGUUUUUUUUUUACAUAGGUAAAUAAAGCAUAACAAUACAUCUUUGGAUUAAUUAAAAUGAUUCAGUAUAUAUAUAUCUCCCGGUAGGGGACUGCCGGGAUUCCGGGAUGCAAAAUUAUCUCGGUUGCCUCGACCGCCGGGAGGUGCCCGAGGCUUUAAAAUUUUGCGUUAAAGUAAGUCCAAGCAUCAUGUAAUUUUAAAAAUACCAGUUCAAAACAUA